AUGGCCAAGAAAGGGCGAACAAAGGGUGAGAAGCCCGAAGCGCUCAUCUCUGCCCUGCAGGCAGCCAAUGAAGAUCUCAGGUCCAAGCUGACUGACAUUCAGAUAGAACUACACCAAGAAAAAUGCAAGGUGAGCAAGCUGGAGCGCGACAAGGUGCAGGAGGUGAAGCGGGUGCGAGAGCAAGAGCAGCACCGUCACACUGCCAUGUUAACAGAGCAGCGGGCAAAGUGGCACGAGGAAAAACAAAAGGAGCUCCAGGCUCUCAGGGAAAACCUGACCCGGCAGCAUGAGCAGGAGCUGGCACGCCACGCCAAGAUCAAAGACCAGGAGAACCAGAGGCUCAAAGCCGCGCUGAGCGCCAUGCGCGACGGCAGCGGAGAGAAGGUGCGCACGGCACUGACCCUGGAAGCCAAGGAGGAAGCGCGUCGCUUCUUUGACCAGGAGAGAGUGAAGCUUCUGCAGGAGAUAGCGGAGCUGAAGUCCGCGAAGAAACAGACCGACGAGGCGUUGAGCAACAUGAUCCAGGCCGACAAGAUGAAGGCUGGCGACCUGCGGGUGGAGCACCAGCAGCACCAGGAGCAAAUCUCCAAGAUCAAGUGGGACUGUGAGAGGGACAUCCGCAGACUGGUGGACGAAAUCAAAUCUAAAGACCGCACCAUCUUCGCGCUGGAGAAGGAACUGGAGUCAACAUCAGGGUUCUUACAGAAGCUGCAGCUUCAAAAGGACGCGCUGGAUGAACAGCUGUUCCUUGUCAAGGAGGCUGAGUGCGGCUUGGGAAGCCCGAAAAGAGAGAUUCCAGGCAGAGCCGGAGACGGAGCAGAGCACUGUAGCAGCCCAGACCUGAGGAGAAACCAGAGGCGCAUUGCUGAACUCAACUCAACUAUACGCAAAUUGGAGGACCGCAACUCACUGCUGGUCGACGAGAGGAAUGAACUGCUGAAGCGAAUUCGAGAGACGGAGAAGCAGUGCAAGCCCCUGCUGGACAAGAACAAGCUGCUCAAUAAGAGGAAUGAUGAUUUGACCCAGACCAUCCAGAAGCUGGAGGAUAAACUCAAGAGCCUGGCCAAGGAGAACCUUGAGAUGAAGGACAAGAUCAGCUCCCAUCCUCCACUGAAGAAGCUCAAGUCUCUCAAUGACCUGGACCAAGCCCAUGAUGACCAGGAAAUAGCCUUUCUCAAGCUUCAAGUCCUGGAGCAGCAAAGCAUGAUUGAUGAACUGACAAGAGACCGUGAAAAACUACUACGAAAGAAAAGGCAUAAAAGAAGUUCAAGGCCAAUAAAGAGGCACAUCGUAGUAGACACCUUCUUUGGGUAUGACGAAGAGUCCAUGGAUUCGGAGACGUCCUCAGUGGCCUCGUUCCGGAUGGACAGAACUCCUGCUACUCCCGAUGAAGACCUGGAUGAGGGUCUAGCCAAUGAGGAGUCAGAGCUGCGUUUCCGUCAGCUGACCAGGGAGUACCAGGCCUUACAACGAGCCUAUGCCCUGCUGCAGGAACAGAAAGGAGGCAUACUGGAUGCUGAAAUGGAGGCCAAGGCCACAGAGCAGCUCCAUGCAGACGUUCUCAGGUAUAAAGCCAAAAUCGAGGACUUGGAGAAGGAACUGAACCAGAAGGGACAGGACUCCAAAUGGGUGGAGGAGAAGCAGCUCUUCUUACGGAGGAAUCAGGAGCUACUAGAGAAGGUGGAGAAGAUGGACUCAGAGUGCAGUCGGCUGCAGCAGGAGCUACAGGACUCCAAAGACCAGAACGAACUGUUAGAGUUUAGGAUACUGGAGCUAGAGGAACGUGAGAGGAGAUCCCCCCCAUUCAACCACCUGAGGAUGCAUCCCUUUUCUGAGGGAGUCAGUGCUCUGCAGAUCUACUGUAUGAAGGAGGGGGUGAAGGAUGUGUGCAUACCAGAUCUCAUUAAACUUCUAGAUAUCCUGGGAGAUAAUGGGAACUUAAGAAAUGAGGAGCAAGUGGCCAUUAUCCAGGCGAGCACUGUUUUGUCACUUGCAGAAAAGUGGAUUCAACAGAUCGAGGGGACAGAGGCAGCACUGCACCAGAAGAUGGUGGACCUGGAGAUAGAGAUGGAAAUGUUCUGUAAACAGAAAGGAUAUCUAGAAGAAGAGCUGGACUACAGGAAACAGGCCCUGGACCAGGCCUACUUGCAAAUCCAGGAGUUGGAAGCAACGUUAUACAACGCCCUGCAGCAGGACAAGGUCAUAAAGUACGGCGAGCCCCUGGAUGAGCUCCAGAGGGACGAGCUGCGGACGGCGGUUGAGAAGCUGAGGAGGCAGAUGCUGAGGAAGAGUCGAGAGUACGACUGCCAGAUCCUCCAGGAGAGGAUGGAGCUGCUGCACCAGGCGCACCAGAGAAUUCGUGACCUUGAAGACAAGACAGAAAUCCAGAGGAGGCAGAUUAAAGACCUGGAGGAAAAGGUGGUGUGUCAGCUUGGAGAUCUUGUUUGUGACUACAGUGUUAUUUAUUUUCCGGACAAGCGUGGAACAGUGUGUGUAGCAGUGACUGCUGUCAGUGUAAGGUGGAUGUGUCGUGGAUGUUCACACUUCAGAUUUUAUUCUUUCUUUCUUUUCUUUUUUUAAUUGG